GUCACAACCCGGAAGUGCCACUUUCUCAGCAAGGACAGCAGCGCCGUGUUCGCCUGACUCGUCCUAACUGUACGUUUGAGAACUUCCGGGCUGUUUAACCUCUUUAUCGACAUGAGAAAUGCGUUGUUGCUAAAGUCCGUUCCACGCGCACAGCAGCCCGCCGUCACACCGCGUCAGCUGACGCUCCGGUUGUCCGUGUUUUGAAGGGCAUGGCGGCGGGGGCGGCGGCGGCGCUGAGGGCUCUCCGGACCCUGCUCCGCCGGGGACCGGAGGCGACCCCGGGCAGCUUCCCGGUGCCGGGGGCUCGCGUCCCACCGGCGACUCCGUGCGUGUCGUCCCCGCCGUGGAGGAGCUCCUCUGUCCGGACGCUGCAGCUGUCCAGCGCCGCGUGCGCGGGACACAACAAGUGGUCAAAGGUGAAAAACAUCAAGGGGCCUAAAGACGAAGCGAGGGGCCGGAUGUUCAUGAAGUUUGGCAUGCUGAUUAAGAUCGCUGUGAAAGAAGGGGGCCCCAACCCAGACAUGAAUUUAAACUUGGCCCAAGUACUGGAGCAGUGCAGGAACAAGAACAUGCCCAAAGCAGCAGUGGAGGCUGCAAUCAGGAGUGCGGAAAAAGCUAAACCAGCGUCCCAGCAUAUGUUUGAAGCUCGGGGGCCCGCCGGGUACCUGCUGCUCAUUGAGGUCCUGAGUGACAAUAACACACGGACCCACCAGGAAAUCAAACGCGUGCUUACCAAGAACAGGGCGAUGCUGUCAGACGGAGCGCGCCACAACUUCAACAGGAGGGGGGUUGUUCUGGUGCCGGGGGAGAACGUCUCCACGGAGAGAGCUCUGGAGCUGGCCAUCGAGGCCGGAGCCGAAGACGUCCAAGACACCGAGGACGAGGAGGAGCGGCCUCUCCUGCAGUUUAUUUGUGACAUGGCGGAGGUGAGGAAGGUGCGGGCCUCGUUGGAGCAGCUGGGAAUGCAGAUCACGUCCGCCGGGCUGGAGUUUGUUCCGCGCACCCUCUGCCCUCUGGACCAGGAGCAGCUGGACGCUGCGUCCACGCUCAUCGAAGCCCUCAAUGACUGUCCGGACGUAGUUCGAGUCUGGGACAACAUCCAGGCGGACAGCUGAGCGCGCCUCCUCAGCGCUUGAAUGGACACAUGUGGGAGAUUUGAUUCCACAGAGAAAAGAUGGAAGUACUUCUCAACAACGCCAGUGCAAAUCAGUAUGAAAAAAUGAGUGUAUAGGCAAUUCUUUUCUUUGUGGAACUUGGAAAUGAAAUUUAAAAUGAUUAUUUUCUUUUGUCAACGUGUUCUUGGAAGAAGUUCAUGAACAGCAGGUAACAGAAGAGACCCUCAUCACGACGGCCCUACGGGGAUUUCAUGUGAAGUUUACAACGCUACUUCUUCAGAGUAAAGAUGAGGGAAAUUACUUUUUGUUUUAGAACAGUUUUUCAAGUAAUAAUAAGAUGGCCCUUUUUGUUAGCUGAUCGCACAUCGGAUUGUUUACAGAAUGAAAAUAUUCUGUCAAAGUGUAAUUUCAAAAUAUCUAUUUGUUUAUAUAUUGAUGAUGAAACUAUCAUUUGAUGAACGUAAAAACAGUCUCUGAA